AUUUUCUUUUCUUUUCUUCCUCUGUUAGAGAAUGGUACCUACCUCGGUCUGGAUCUUGGUGGCACCAACCUGCGUCUGUUCCGGGUGAAGUUUGUUAAUGGUAAGGCAGACACCAAUCUAAAAUAUUACAAGAUGCCAGCAGAAUGCUUUAAGGGUCCCAGUCUUCAGGUCUUUGAAUUUAUGGCUGACUGUAUCAAAGACUUUUUAACUUAUGAUAACCUUGAUAAAUGUGGACGUCUGCCAUUGGGCUUCACAUUUUCAUUUCCCUCAACAAAGAAGAGUCUGACCGAUGUGGAACUGAUUAUCUGGACGAAAACCUUCAAAUGCACCGAUGGCCCUGGAAUGAACGUUGGUCAAACACUUGAAGACUGCUUGAAGAGAAAGAAUAUUCCAGUUGAUUUGGUGGCAAUAAUAAGUGAUGUUACAGCCGCCUUGGUCGCUGGUCACUACUUGGACAAGCAAAGUUGUAUUGGACUCAUUCUUGGAACUGGCUGUAAUGUCUGCUACAUAGAAAAUGUUAAAUCCAUCGACAAAUGGCAAAGUGAGCCGGACAAAUCAAAAAAGGUCAUCAUCAAUAUUGAAUGGGGAGGUCUGUCUGAUACUGGAUGCCUGAGUUUCAUCCAAAAUGAAUUCGACUACGAAGUAGAUAAACUAUCCAACCAUGUUAACUCGUUCACGUAUGAGAAAAUGUUUUCAGGUCUUUAUCUCGGUGAAUUGGUGCGGCAGGUUUUGGCCGACCUGACAAAGAAGAAAAUCCUGUUUAAAGGUGAGGGGUCUGACAAGCUAUUUACCCCCUGGUCAUGGGACUCAUCAAAAGUAUCAGACAUCGAAAGAGACAAAGAUGGAAGUGAUGAAAAUACCAAGAAAGCUCUCGAUUCCUUUGAUCUUGGAGGAGUAACAUCAAAGAGGGAUCUGGUACUCACUCAGUUUGUCUGUUCCUUCAUGUCUCAAAGAGGAGCCUAUGUACUGUCAGCAGGAUUGGCUGCUGUAGUUGACCGAAUAAACCAACCAGAAGUUACAAUAGCCGUUGAUGGUUCCUUGUACGAGCAGCAUCCAAAGUACCAUGACUACAUGUUAUCUGUGAUCCAUACUCUUUCUCCACAGUCUAAGACAAACAUAGUUUUGGUGAAAGACUCCAGUGUGCAGGGAUGUGCAUUUGCUGCAGCAAUCGUGGAAUAAACACAAGUAUUUCACAAGGCGGCAGUUUGCACUCCAUUCUGCAGUAUUUCACAAUGCAACACUUUUAACGUAACGUCAAUGAAUGAUAAACAAAG